AUGAGCGAGAGGCAUGCCAGCUCCUCAAAACAGGCCGGCUCCUCGGCCGACGCCCUCUCGCCUGCUUCUUCUACCUCGACUUUGCGAGCCGCUCCCACGACAGGCAGCGAACAGGCCAGGCAGAGGUCCCGCGGCCAGAUGGCACGCAAGCAGAGCCUCGCCGACGGCAUCGCGCUCGGAUCGGGCCUUCGCUCGGCCAACUUUCCGCCCUCUUCGCCACCACCAGCCUACCACCCGCACCCCUAUCAGACCGCCGCGGAUCUGCGCCAGUCUUCCCACCUGCGCCAGCGGCCAUCAGUGUCUCGAUCUCGCCCAGCUAGCGGGGCUGCAUCCGAAGAGCACGCAGACCUCGUCACGCCCCGCGGCGGCGCCAACAGCAAGGGCAGCAGGGACGUCCGCCGGAAACGCAAGCGCAAGGCCCACGCUCCGCAGCCACCCCUCCUUGGAGGCCUCUACUUUUCCGACCUCAUCGUUGUUGCCUUCUUCUAUGCCCUCAACCUCCUGCGCACCUGUGGGCUCGCAGAGCUCAUGGAUGUCGCCUUCAAGGGCACCGCCUAUGCUGUGACGCGCUUGCCUUUUGAGUUUUGGCAGAGGUGGUCCCUCAGCCGCUAUCCACCCGCCUCGACCGCGCACGCCCAGCGUCCAUCGUCCCACGGGCCGGACGGAUCGCGCUACCUGCAGGCCAUCCGCCACAGCUCGCGUCGACAGUCGCAGAGGCAGGCGCGGCGCCACAGCGAUGGGUCCGGCCACGAGCUCACGCAGUCCUCGACCUCUGCCGCUACCACCUCGGACGAGGACGAGGCCGACGACGCGCAUCAGCUCUCGCCCUUCCACCACCUCGUCAUCCUCCUCGUCCGCUUCGCCUGCAUCAGCUUCCCGCACCUGCUGCCCCGCGUCCUCUUUGCCGAGGAGACCAUCGGGCCGCUCGUACGCUGGAGGACCGGAGGUGGGGCUGCCGGCAUCGUGCGCGAGUUCACAAACGAGCCCGCCGACCGCCUCGCCCCGACUUCCGACUCUGCGGCUCUCACCGACGGGCAACAAGCCUACGGCGGUGAUCGCGAGUGUGGCAAGGCAGCACCCCCUCCGUCACCCGCACCGGGCUUCCGGGCCUUCUGGAUCGGGCCCGAUGCCCACAUCCCCGUCGACGUGAGGCGGCGCGACCCAGAAUCCCGCCAUGCCACCACGGUCCUGUAUCUGCACGGCGGCGGCUUCUCGCUGGGCUCGGUGGCCUUUUACGCAGAGGCUCUGAUCCGCAUCAUGGCCAAGGUGGCCCUCUACGAGCGAGACGCUGGUGAAGGGGGCUCGAGGUGCGUCGCCGUCGAGUACGACCUCAGCCCCUCUGUCCGCUUCCCUGCGCCUCUGCUGCAGUGCCUGCGUUGCUAUGCACACCUCGUCGAGGUCGAAGGGAUCGACCCGGCGAGCAUCACCGUCGCUGGAGACAGUGCCGGCGCCAACCUGGCGAUGAGCAUGCUGCUCUGCCUCGACGGCCAGGCGCGCGACGAGCCGCUUAUGUCGGAGCGCGACUGGUCCAAGCUGCCGAUGCCCGGAAAGGCCGUCUUCAUCUCUCCCUGGGCCGACCUUCGGCCCUCUGGAUCGCAUGCGUUCGCCCACCUCCGCGAACAGCAUCUCCGAUCAAGACCGCGAACGGCCGCCAGCAGCAGCAACAAGGGCAGCUCCACAAAGGAAAGCGCGUCUGCGACGGCGAAGGCAGCUCCGAAGCCAUCGGUGUGGACCGAGGCAAUGGCCGAGUACGAGUGGGACUACGUUGCCGCCGAGGCCCUCCUCCACUUUGCCCAGGUCUACGCGGGCGUCUUGGACAAGCCACGCCGAGUGCGCGGCCCAACGGGCUGGGUGGCCAACUUCUGUGCCAUCCUCGCCGGCGAUCCGGAGCCACCGCAGGGGGUCGAGGCGGACAAGCCGGGAGCACGACCGUACGCCUACAACCCGCUCUCCGUGCUGUCGCGCCUUGUCACGCCGCCGACGACGCGGCUGGCCAAAGCUGCGCAUACGGCGCUGACCGAGCCACUGCUCGACCUCGGAACGCAGCGAUUCAGGGCGCCCGGCAGGCCCCGUGCCGAUCCCUUCCAGAACGACAGGCAGUCUCAGCGUAGCGGCCUUGAACCGCUCUUUCCGUCCCGCGAGCGCGAGACCGACGCAGUGGCCUCGACGGCCGACCUUUUCGUGCCUACUUGGGGCUUCUCCGACAGCGACAACGAGGACAAUGAGGCGGAACGCGAUCCGCGUCGAAGCAGUCCGACGUUUGCAGAGGCCGUCGACCGACUCGAGAACCACAUCUUGAUCAGCCCGGCCCUCGGCGACUGGAGCCGCAUCCGCCUCGAGAGGGGCAUGCUGGUGACCUGGGGAGAGCGCGAGAGGCUCGCCGAUGACAUCGAGGCCUGGGCAAGCAAGGUCCGUCAACAACAGGGCCGGGCGAGUCCGGCGUUCGGCGAGCCUACAAGUGAGGAUUCUCGUUCUCCCUCUUUGUCGACCAGCAGAACGGCAGGCACCGCCCAGCAUGGCUCGCCAACGCAGGGCGGCGAUCACGCGGAGCACGUCGGUUCCUUGCAGCACAGGAGGGCCGUGUCAUCGUCCAAGGACAGGACAACGAUGCCGCGGCAAGAUGGCCCGGCACCGACCGAGGCGUCGUACCUGUGCACGGCAGUCGAACACGGUCCCUCUGGCGUUCACGCCUGGCCGUUCGUCUCGAUGUACCUCGCCGGCACCGAGGCGGAGCGGGAGAAGGGGUUGGAUCUACUGGCCAGCUUCAUCGCCAGGCCGCCUUGGCAGACCUCGCAGCCGGACAAGCCGCGGCCCGACGCCAUGAUCGACGAUGCUGCCAUCAAGCAGGCCCCGCUGACCAUGAGCCUGCCGGCCAGGAAGACGUCGUCCGAGUUCCUUAUCCCGCAGUCGCCGCCGCAUCACGAUGGCCUGUCGCCGGUGGGCUCGCUGCCCUCGGACGUCUACGAUGACGACGAGAGGCACUACAUGUUCAACUCGCGCUCGCGGGAGGAGUCGCUCGACUGGGAUAGCGUCGAGCUCCGGAACGAGCUGGGCCUGCGCGGGGUAGCAGUGUCGUCCUCGUCUUCUUCGCCCGAGGGACGCUUCCCGCCCGAGCCGAUGUGGAACGAGCCUACCCCGACGACUACCGGCGGCAGCUCCCCGGUCGUCGAUCGAGACCGAGGCUCUGCAGGCGGAGCUGAAUCGCCUCGUGUGGGGCUUGGCCUUGCUGCAUCCAGGCUGGCAGACUCGCAAGCGGCGGCCGAUAUUCUCAGCGGCCAAGCAGCGCAGCCUGCUUCCUCCGGGCCCCACACAGCGGAAGCCUCCGAUGAAGAGGGAUGGGAGAGCGAUGGUCCUGCAUUUGCUGCCGGCACCAAGGCCUCAGUCACCAACGUCUCGGCGCCGGCGAAACGGGCCGCUGGCAAGACGCUCUCGCGAAAGCGCAGCAACAGCCUGGGCAAGCGCACCAAGACGGCGACGUCGUCGGCGUCGUCCUCCGUCAUGAGCACGCCCAAGGCGACCUCGACCGCCUCGUUCGCAAGCAAGGCGCCCGAGGCGCCUGCUAGCCUCAAGCUCGACCCGGUCCACCUCUCGGCUCCCACCUUCCCCGCCGCAUCCUACGCUGCUCCGCCGAGCGUUGCGUCGAGCUCGGCCUUUAUCUCGUCGCCACCUUCUCGACCUGAUAUGUCCAAAAUGUGGGGCGGGAUCGAAGUUCGAAACGUCCAGGCUCGACGAGACGUGCUGCAGUCGACGCAGAUCUCUGGCCGCUCCGUCAUGCCCCAGAUUGGCGAGCCGCGGCGCAGCGGCAUGACGCUGGCCGAGAUCGAGGCGCUGGAAGAGGCCGAAGAAGCCGCGGCAUCGGCGAAUGCCGGCGGAGCUGCAGGGGCUGGUCCAUCGCCGCUAGCAAGCGACCCGUCCAACAGAGGCCGCCCGGCCGGCAGGAGCAGCAGCCGGGAUCGCCUCUCGCGCAUCCUCGGCAGCGCCUACGAGUCGGACCCGGACCUGCCGCUCAACGACGCCGGUGGCGCCCACGACUCGGACUCGGACUCGGAGUCUGACUUUGCGUCGCCGCGCAUCGGCGCGGUGGCAUCGCCGCGCUACGUCGACGACGGUACGCUCUCGUCGUCGGCGCAGCACCCGCUGUCGAUGGACCCGUCGUUCUACGGCCUCUCGUCGUACUCGACGUCGCGGCCCGAGGGGCUGAGCGACAUCGCCGAGGAGGACUCGCAGUUUGACGCGUCGUCCGAGUUUGGCGUGCGCAGCCCGAGUGGCGGCGGCGGCGGCGGCGAGAGCGAGAGCGAGGACGAGUCGGCGCCGAGGUGGGACGAGCGGGGCUUUGCGUUUACCCCUAGCGGGCGCGAGGCGGAGCGGCUGCGAGAGGCGCUCGAUGAGCGCGAGAGGCUGUGGCGCCGUCGUCGCGCCGAGAGCGACGAAGAGGACGAGCACGACGACGACGACGACGAGCACGACGACGACGACGACGAGCACGACGACGACGACGACGAGCACGACGACGACGACGACUCGGACGUGGGCGGCUACCAGGAGGACAGCGACGACUUUUCGCCCCGCGAUCCGGCACGACCUCGGCAGCCAGCGGCAUCAAAGGGCCAAGACGACGUCGGCACCCGCUCCCCCUCGGCUGCCGCCGCUGCCGCCACUGCACCGGCCUCGACCUCGACGUCUUCCGCCGCCUACCUCUACGCGCUCGGCGUCGGCGCGGGAAGGAAAUCGCCUACGCCCAGCAUCAGCUCGUUUAGCAGCCAGAAGAGCAAGGAGGAUGUAUGGUGGUAA